AUGACAUGGGAUAAGAAAGAGGGGAAAAAGGAGGAAUUCUUGGUGAAUGCUCCAGCUCAGGCUCAGAUUGUCCACGCAGGCCAAGCAUGUGUAGUGAAAGAGGACAACAUCAGUGAACGUGUCUACACUAUCCGUGAGGGAGAUACCCUGGUUUUGCAGUGCCUUGUCACUGGGCAUCCCCGACCCCAGGUUCGGUGGACCAAGACAGCUGGGAGUGCCUCAGACAAGUUCCAGGAGACAUCGGUGUUUAAUGAGACACUUAGAAUUGAGCGAAUUGCUCGAACCCAGGGUGGCCGUUACUACUGUAAAGCUGAGAAUGGGGUUGGGGUCCCUGCGAUCAAGUCCAUCCGAGUAGAUGUGCAAUACUUGGAUGAACCAGUCUUGACAGUGCAUCAGACAGUGAGUGAUGUUCGGGGUAGCUUCUACCAGGAGAAGACAGUGUUUCUUCGAUGCACCGUCAACUCCAACCCACCAGCCCGAUUCAUCUGGAAGAGGGGCUCCAGCACCCUGUCCCACAGCCAGGAUGAUGGGGUUGACAUCUACGAACCUCUCUACACUCAGGGGGAAACCAAGGUUCUAAAGCUGAAGAAUCUGCGGCCCCAGGACUAUGCCAGCUACACCUGCCAGGUGUCUGUUCGGAAUGUGUGUGGCAUUCCUGACAAGGCCAUCACCUUCCGCCUCACCAAUACCACAGCACCUCCUGCCCUGAAGCUGUCAGUGAAUGAGACAUUGGUGGUGAACCCUGGGGAGAAUGUGACAGUGCACUGCUUCCUGACUGGGGGUGAUCCCCCGCCCCAGGUGCUGUGGUCCCAUGGUCCAGGUCCUUUGCCGCUAGGCAGCAGGGCCCAGGGAGGCACCCUCACCAUCCCGUCUGUUCGAGCUCAAGACUCCGGCUACUACAAUUGCACAGCCAUUAAUAAUGUGGGCAACCCGGCUAAGAAGACUGUCAACCUGCUAGUUAGAUCAAUGAGAAACGCCACCUUCCAAAUCACGCCAGAUGUGAUCAAGGAGAGUGAGAGUAUUCAGCUGGGUCAGGACCUGAAGCUCUCCUGCCAUGUGGAUGCUGUGCCUCAGGAGAAGGUGUCGUACCAGUGGUUCAAGAAUGGCAAGCUUGCCCGGGUAUCUGACCGACUGCUGGUGACUCGCAAUGACCCUGAACUGCCUGCCGUCACCAGCAGCCUGGAGCUCAUUGACUUGCGCUUCAGUGACUAUGGCACCUACCUCUGUGUCGCCUCCUUUCAGGGUGCACCUGUGCCAGACCUCAGUGUUGAGGUCAACAUCUCUUCUGAGACAGUGCCCCCCACAAUCAGCGUCCCUAAGGGCAGGUCAGUGGUGAUGGUUCGUGAGGGGUCCUCUGUGGAGCUCCAGUGUGAAGUUCGGGGGAAGCCCAGGCCCCCCGUGCUGUGGUCCCGAGUGGACAAGGAGGCUGGCCUGCUGCCCUCUGGAGCUAUCAUGGAAGAGACACCAGACGGAAAGCUACGGGUGGAACGAGUGAGCCGGGAGAUGAGUGGGACCUACCGCUGUCAGACCGCUCGGUACAACGGCUUUAAUGUUAGGUCUCGUGAGGCCCAGGUGCAGCUCAAUGUGCAAUUCCCUCCCGUGGUGGAACCAACCAACCAGGACGUGCGCCAGGCCCUGGGCCGACCUGUAUUGCUCCGCUGCACCCUGCUUCGAGGUAGCCCACUGCGCAUCGCCUCCGCUGUGUGGCGCUUCAAUGGGCACCUCCUGCCCACGCCGCCCGCUCCCCCCAAUGAAGCCCCGGACCACGCGGAGCUGCGCCUCGACCCCCUCACCCGCGACAGCAGCGGCAGCUAUGAGUGCACCAUCUCCAACGACGUGGGCGCCGCCUCCUGCCUCUUCCAGGUUUCCGCCAAAGCCUACAGCCCGGAGUUUUACUACGACACCCCCAACCCCACCCGCAGCCACAAGCUGUCCAAGAACUACUCCUACGUGCUUCAGUGGACACAGAAGGAGCCGGACGCCGUGGAUCCUGUCCUCAGCUACCGGCUGGACGUCCGCCAGCUGAGCCUUAGGACGUCUGUAACGAAGCCAAUCCCAGUUCGCCGAGUGGAGAAGGGGCAGUUGCUUGAGUACAUACUGACCGACCUGAAGGUGCCCCAUAGCUAUGAGGUCCGACUCACACCCAUCACCACCUUUGGGGCUGGAGACAUGGCUGCCCGCAUUAUCCGAUACAUGGAGCGUAGGUGGCUGGGGGAUUGA